AUGCGCAACUACCUCCCUACCCGCGGUAAUGCAGACCGCCGUUCACCCCUCGAAAUACUUACGGGAAAAAUACCCGACGUCAGCCACUUGCUCAAAUACGGUGCCCGCUGCAUUGUAAGGCUAGAGCAUGCAGUUGCAAAGUCGCUUCGGAAAUGCUCCGAACAGGCGUUCAUCCUCGGCAUCGACCCCGUUAACAAUGGCUACAAUCUCUAUCUUCCCCGUACCAAGACGUAUGUAACCAGCUCCAACAUCCAAAAUGUCUACUGCGUUGACAUCGAUGCCGCUGGUGACCUCGUCGACACCUUCGAUACACUUGACGUUGUCCCCAGCACUUUUCAACCCCAUGCACAGCAAAUGUCCGAUCGUGCCGCUACCACCGACGAUCUUUACAAGACCACGCCAGUGUCUGAGGGGAAGCCAUCCCCCGAUCAUCUUGAUCGGAACAGUGAAGUUCCAGGCAGCGACGACGACGAUGACUACAAGACAGGCGAACCCAUUGACGACAUCACACUGACCAAGCGCCAAAUCGACAGUGUAUUUGGGGUCCAAAAGCGCGGUGCCCAACUUCUUAUUGAAGGCUUUGAGCUACCUGUGUCGCUUCUUCUCGACGCCACCAGUAUUUCCGGUGCAGCAAUGAUGGCCCUUCAUAUCUCUGAUGGUGCUCCGUACCCUCAGAAUAUUUGCGAAGCUAUGGCAAGUACAUUUUUUUGGCCACAGCUUAAGGAAGCUAUGAUUCAAAAGCUGGACCAGUUGUGUAAGAAUGGUACAUGGGAGGAAGCCGUCCGACCACCUGGGGCCAAGGUCGUGUCAACAAGAUGGGUUUUCAAGAUCAAAUACAACUCGAUGGGAGAAAUCGACAAGGUUAAGGCCCGUCUCGUGGCAAGAGGAUUCACCCAACGCUAUGGUGUCGAUGCCAGCGAAACAUACUCUGCGGUACUCAAAAUGGCAAGCGCGCGAUUUCUUAUCACGAUUGGAGCUCAGUGGGGCUGUAAAGUUCGCCAUGGUGACGUUUGCAACGCCUAUCUUCGUGCACCGAUUGAUCGCCCGAUUUACGUGAAACCGCCACACGGAUGCCCAGACGAAGUAGCAGUUUAUCGAUUGCUGAAGAGCCUUUACGGAUUAAAACAGAGCGGAAGACUUUGGAACGACUUUAUUCAUAGCUUUCUUCUCGAGUGUGGUUACACAUGA